AGCCAAUAGAUAUCCACGCAUUCACUGAGAUUCCCACGGUUCGACCACGCCAAGCCAAUGGAGGAGAGCAACCGGAGUAAGUGGGCGCGUACGUCGUCGGGAGGAAAAUAAUCACUGACGUUCCCGUCGCUUGCUAUGGCGGCGGUACGCUACCGUUAAUGAUGGAUUGCAAAGGACCAAUUACAACGCUCCAUGGGACAGCGCUGUAGAAAGGUAGCCAAUCAGUUGCCUAGCUUUAGCUGUCAUUCAUUCCCGAUUCUGGCGGGUAGGCGGGACGUUCGCUCGGCUGUAGUUCCGUCAUCUCGCUCGUCUCCGAGGCUACAGGGGGCCAAUGUUGAUUAGGGCGAAUUCCCGUCGUUGUCGGAGCCCGCCGAGGAACCAUUUUUAAAAGCUGGGUUCGGUAACGAAAGGUGGAAGGCUUUUGGUUGAUAAUAUUGCAUCCCCGCCGUCGGCAUAGCUUUUUUUCUGGGCUGGGGGAGAGGUGGCGAGCCGGGGGGCCUCGCUCGGAGGGGGCUGCAAGGAGGGACAGGAGAAGACUGGAUCCUCCGUGUUCAGGCCAACUGCGCCGAGGUCGGCCUGGCAGUCCAGUGAAGCCCCAGCGACCGAGACACCAAAGUGAUAGUUCCCCGUGGAUCUAAACUCGAUUCCGGUCGCCGGUGGAGGGAUGACCGUGGAGUGAGUGAGUCCGCUGCACCGUCUCUCCGUGGCACCGCAUCUCCGUGGCACCGCAUCAGCAGCUGUCAGCCUAUUAAGGAGCAAAACCUCGGAGUGAACGCUUGCUUACUAUAACAGGUGGAUUUAAGGAGCACCAUUCAGACCUAAUCGAGCUUUGACCGGCUUGCCAAGGCUGUAGGGCGGCCAAAAAGCCACGGAUUGCCCGUUGACAAGUUGUCAUCAUGGGCAACGCGCCCACGGCCAGGAAGGGAAGCGAGAUGGAAAGCGUCAAGGAGUUCCUUGUUAAAGCCAAAGAGGACUUUCUAAAGAAGUGGGAGAUCCCUGCACAGAACACGGCUGGCCUGGAGCAGUUUGAGAGGUUGAAAACCCUCGGCACGGGCUCAUUUGGCCGUGUGAUGCUGGUGAAGCACAAAGAAACGGAACAGCAUUAUGCCAUGAAGAUCCUCAACAAGCAGAAGGUGGUGAAGCUCAAACAAAUAGAGCACACUCUGAAUGAGAAGAGGAUCCUUCAGGCUGUCAGCUUCCCUUUUCUGGUGCGACUAGAGUACUCAUUCAAG